UGAAAUAUCAGUUACUUGUAGUUGGUAAUGUUGUGUGUGUUCUUUAAGUGAACAGUGUUUUGGAUUACAGAUCAAAAUGGCGUUCGAUGCAGCGACAUAUAUUUUGAUUGCUAUACCAAUAGUAUUAUACAUACUAUACUGGCUAGCAUAUGGUCGGUUUAAAUCUACCAAAUAUGUUGGUCCAGGAAUUGUACCGUUUUUGGGGAAUUAUUGGGACUUGCGGCAAAGUGGCUUCAAUUUACAUACUCUACUGGAAUUUUACUACAAAAAAUAUGGCAAGGUGUACGAUUUCCACUAUCAAGGCGAACCCGUUACUGUUGUUGGUGAAGAAAGCAUUGCAAAAGAAAUUUUGGGGAAAAAAUUUCAACAUUUUCAAAAUAGAAAAUUUUUCAUUGAUCUUCCAUGGCCAUGUGACAACAUGAUCACAUUGCUAAAAGAUGACAAAUGGAAGUACGUUCGUGCAUUGCUUACACCAUUCUUCACUCCACACAGUUUACAAAAUAUGAGUCCAUUAAUCAACAAAGCUGUAGACACCUACUUAGAAAAGUUGGACGAAGUAGAGAAGAAGAAGGAAUCUUUUGACGUUGUUAGUCACAGUAAAGGCUUCAUCAUGGAGACACUGCUCUCAAUAGUAUUUACCCUCGAUUGCCCAAACCAAUCCGAUUUCAACAAGACACUCAUCAAUUUAACGAAGGAGUUUACUCAACCACCUAAGUGGGUUAACACUGUCGCUGCUUUACCGUUUGGGCAACAUCUAGUCAAAUACAUACCUUCAGCGUUUAAGAACCAAUUACAGCCUUUUAUAGACACAGCACUUGGCGUAGUUGCCGGUAGACGAAAAGAGGAGGGUGGAAAAUAUAAGGACGUUCUUGAAGCGUUAUUUAAUGUUCAAAAGGAAGGACCAGAUACCAGUGGUAACGUAUUACUGGACGAAGAUAUCCUGGCACAGGGAAUUGUAAUUUUAACAGCGGUACAUGUCGCGACUAGUUCAACGUUAGCUAUGGCCAUGUAUUAUAUUGCUAAGCACAAACAGGUACAGGAGAAGAUUUAUGAAGAUAUUGGAGCAUUAGCAGGGGAAGAAGGUUUUCCCACGUGGGAAAAUGUAAACAGAGAAAUGAUGUACUUGGAACACGUCAUUGACGAAACACUGCGACUUCAUCCAUCGGCUUAUAUUUUGAUGAGGGAGUGUAAUGAGACAUGUAAAAUCGAGGCGAUGACAUUCGAGAAAGGUUCCAACAUCUUCAUACCGGUGCGCGCAAUGCAUUAUGAUGCGACUUAUUGGGAAGACCCACAAACCUUCAAUCCAGAUCGAUUUAGUGACCCGACUGUAAAGAAAGGGUCCGCCUAUCUACCUUUCGGAGCAGGGCUAAGAAAAUGUCUCGGCUUCCGUAUGGCAAUCAUUGCACUCAAAUUAGCACUUGCAAGAAUCUUACAGCGCUAUGAAAUAACUUUGAAGGACGAUAAAAAUAUUACAACUUCCUCAGAUUUUACCGUACAAGCUACGUCAUCAAUCGACGAACCAAUCAUGUUGCAGCUUAAACAAAGAAGCACGUAAUCAGCUUCUGUUUUUCUCAAUUUUGAGAACGAGACUGCGUUGACAAAUAACAUUACAAAUAACAAGCCAAAAUGGGCAUUUUACAACUGGUGUUUUAAUUUUUAUAAAGAACUCUAAUAUGUUGUAAUAAAUAUUUUUGAAUGAAUUUCAUGUUAGAUGUGUAUUUCAA